CUAGUUCUUCCAAAUCAUCAAUCACUACAAUGAGAUCUAAUCUGAUAGGGUCUUCAAAAAUAGUAUAUAAUAGUUCAAAUUUGCCAGAGAACUAUAGAAUUUUUGUAGUGCUUGUCAAGAAUAAGAAAAGGCAUAAUGAAAGUCAUUGUUGUUAUUGCUUGUCUUAUUGUGACAAUCGCUGCCGAAUUGAACGGUUAUGACCACUGGGUUUCUUUCAAGGCUAAACAUUCAAAGCAAUAUAAAAUAACAGAAGAUAAACUAAGAUUCCAAAUUUUCCAAGACAACCUUCGCGAAAUAGAAGAGCACAACGCAAGAUACGCCAAAGGAGAAGUAGGAUGGUACAAAGGUGUCACUCCAUUCGCUGAUUGGACCAAAGAAGAAUUCAAGGCUCUGUUGACACGUCAAGCUGCUUCCAGGCCUAAGCUUAACGAGAGUUUGGGGGUUCAUGUCGCCGAUCCAAAUGUUAAGUUGGCAUCCUCUGUUGAUUGGAGGAGCAAAGGAGCAGUAUUGCCUGUAAGAGACCAAGCUAGCUGUGGAUCAUGCUGGGCAUUCAGUACCGCAGCUGCUUUGGAGGGACAACUAGCAAUACACAAAAACGAAAAAAUUCCUUUGAGUCCACAGAAUCUUGUGGACUGCUCUACACAAAAUGACGGUUGUGAUGGUGGAGACCAAGUGCUGGCUUUCAAAUUCAUUAAAUCAAGCGGUAUUAGCUCCGAAGCUGACUACCCAUACGUAGGAGUCGACCAGAAGUGUCACAAGAAUGUCCACAAAACUGUUAGUACCAUCUCCGGCUACAAACAUCUAAGUGCAAAUGAAAACGCUUUGAUUUCUGCUCUUUCUUCUAUUGGACCAAUCUCCGUUUCUGUUGAUGCCAGUGUUUGGUCACUAUACGCAGGUGGUCUUUUCGACGAAAGAGAUUGUGGUACUGAUAUCAACCAUGCAGUACUCGCUGCAGGAUACACCGACGAAUACAUUUUAGUCAAAAAUUCUUGGGGCACAGACUGGGGUGAAGAAGGGUAUAUCAGACUAGCAAGAGGACAUAACAUAUGCCAAAUCAACGAAGAUAAUUCUUACCCCAUUUUGUAAAUUGUAAAUCUGACAUUACCUUGUAAAUGUAGACAUAUUUUUUUUAUUUUAAACAAAAAGAAUACACUUAAUCUACAAGAUUAA